AUGCUCACUCGGGUGAAAUCUGCCGUGGCCAAUUUCAUGGGCGGCAUCAUGGCUGGCAGCUCCGGCUCCGAGCACGGCGGCAGCGGCUGCGGUGGCUCGGACCUGCCCCUGCGCUUCCCGUACGGCCGGCCGGAGUUCCUCGGGCUGUCACAGGAUGAGGUGGAGUGCAGCGCGGACCACAUCGCCCGCCCCAUCCUCAUCCUCAAGGAGACCCGGCGGCUGCCCUGGGCCACCGGCUACGCAGAAGUCAUCAAUGCCGGGAAGAGCACACACAAUGAGGACCAAGCCAGCUGCGAGGUGCUCACCGUCAAGAAGAAAGCGGGGACCAUGACUUCCACCCCGAACAGAAACUCCAAGCGGAGGUCGUCCCUUCCCAACGGGGAAGGGCUGCAGCUAAAGGAGAACUCGGAGUCGGAGGGCAUCUCCUGCCACUACUGGUCUCUGUUUGACGGCCACGCAGGCUCGGGGGCCGCCGUGGUGGCGUCGCGCCAGCUACAGCACCACAUCACACAGCAGCUGCAGGACAUCGUGGAGAUCCUGAAGAACUCCGCCAUCCUUCCCCCAACCUGCCUAGGGGAGGAGCCGGAGAGCACGCCGGCCCACGGCAGGACCCUAACGCGCGCAGCCUCGCUGCGUGGAGGUGUGGGGGCCCCCGGCUCGCCCAGCACACCACCCACGCGCUUCUUCACUGAAAGGAAGAUCCCACAUGAGUGUUUGGUCAUCGGGGCCCUGGAGAGCGCCUUCAAGGAAAUGGACCUUCAGAUAGAGCGAGAGAGAAGUUCGUACAAUAUAUCUGGCGGCUGCACGGCCCUCAUUGUGGUUUGCCUUUUGGGGAAGCUGUAUGUGGCGAACGCUGGGGACAGCAGGGCCAUAAUAAUCAGAAAUGGAGAAAUCAUCCCCAUGUCUUCGGAGUUCACCCCUGAGACAGAGCGCCAGCGACUUCAGUACCUGGCAUUCAUGCAGCCUCACUUGCUGGGAAAUGAGUUCACACAUUUGGAGUUUCCAAGGAGAGUGCAGAGGAAAGAACUUGGGAAGAAGAUGCUGUACAGGGACUUUAAUAUGACAGGCUGGGCAUACAAAACCAUUGAGGAUGAUGACUUGAAGUUUCCCCUUAUAUAUGGAGAAGGCAAGAAGGCCCGGGUAAUGGCAACUAUUGGAGUGACCAGGGGACUUGGGGACCAUGACUUGAAGGUUCAUGACUCCAACAUCUACAUAAAACCAUUCCUGUCUUCAGCUCCAGAGGUAAGAGUCUACGAUCUCUCCAAAUAUGAGCACGGAGCAGAUGACGUGCUGAUCCUGGCUACCGACGGCCUCUGGGAUGUUUUGUCAAAUGAAGAAGUAGCAGAGGCAAUCACUCAGUUUCUUCCCAACUGUGACCCAGAUGACCCUCACAGGUACACACUGGCAGCGCAGGAUCUGGUGAUGCGAGCCCGAGGCGUCCUGAAGGACAGAGGAUGGCGGAUAUCCAAUGACCGACUGGGCUCAGGAGAUGACAUCUCUGUAUACGUCAUUCCUUUAAUACAUGGGAACAAACUGUCAUGAGAGUAACCCGGGGCAUGAGGAGGACAGAACUGGGGUGCCUCUAAGGAGGACGGAACUGGGGAGUGCCUGGGCUGGAUUCCAGGUGAUGCAGUUUCCUCCCAGCCCCGAUGGGGAAUUUGCUGCCAAAAGGCCUCUCUGGCUUUGCUUCAAGGUGACCCCCUUAGGUUUCCAUUUCUUUAGUACUGGGUCUGAACACUGAAUAAGAGCGAAAUGCACAGCUGGGUUGUUAGAUUUCUCCUGGUUUCUAUUGUAGGGCUCUUAGGUGGCUAAUUGCCUAUUCGGGGCACGGGCAUAAAUUAGAAUAGCAGGAGCAGCCAUUUCAGGUGUAACUGGCAGAAGACCCCUUGGCCUGACAAGUGCCAGCUUCUGUCCAGGUCAGGAGCAUUGAAAAGUUGGGGACCCUGCCCCUGAGUGAGCCACCCGUCUUGUAAGCUCCAGCUAGUUCAGGGGACUCUGCCUUGCCAUGUCUCGUCCAUCUUCUCGUCUCUGC